AUGACGACCGUAGCCCUCGCCGGCAGCACCGGCCUCGUCCAUCUCCUCCGUCUACGCCUACGCCCGCCGCGCCCUCCCAACCCCACCGCCUCCCCAAAGCUCUUCCACAUCCCCAGCGCAGAAACAGACCAAUGGCCCGCACAAUUCCCCAAAGAAUCUAAACCUGCCAUCUUCUUCAGCGGCCUCGGCACCACGCGCGGCGCCGCCGGCUCCGUCGACGCCCAGCGCAAAAUCGACCUCGACUUGAAUCUCGCGCUUUGCGCGCCGCGAAAGACGCGGGCGUAG